GUUUUGAGUUCUAUUCAGCUGUAACUACUCGAUUAAUGUUGAAGGUAAAUAGUGAUGAACGAAAGCUAACAGAUGUGGAGACAGCCGGUCCAGCAGCACCUGGAUGCAGAGGAAGAAGAAAUGGAGGUUUUGCUUGGAAGUAGAGAUGCUCUUGAACAGGAAACAACUGGAGGAAGCCAAAUCAUAGAUACAGUUUUCAGUCCCAACGAUCAACUGCAUAUAAUAGUGGUUCCUGCAGAUUAUCAGAAGUCAGUGCUGAUUAAAGAAGAAGCUCCUGAAGAACAGUGGCCUGAUGUGGACCAGCAGGAUGCAAAUUGCCUCCACAUAAAAGAGGAAGAGGAGGAACAGUGGACCAUUUUGGGAGGAGAGCAGCUCAGUAUGAAGGAGGAGACAGAUGUCACCAGCUUUUCAUUAACUGCAGUUCAUUUUAAGAGUGAGGAUGAUGAAGAGAAACAUCUAUUCUCACAGCUUCAUCAACGCCAAGUUGAAGUCUGUGAUCUUCCAACCAGCAGCUCAGGUGACCACAUAGAAUCAUCAACUGUUGAAGGAGAAAAAUAUUCAAAAAACCCAGAUCUAAAUGCUUAUAGAGAUUCUGAUUCUUCAGAAACUGAAGUCAGUGAAGACGAUGAAGAGGAUAAUGAUGUGAAAAAUCCUGACUCUGUACUAAAACCGUUAUCAGACUCUGGGUCAAAAGCUGAAGACACUGAUGAAGAAUGGGAGUCUUCACCCAGCAGGGUCUCUGAGUCAAUUGUGAACAGGGUCCACAACAAAAAUGGACUGAAGCCAUUUUGUUGUGAUGUUUGUGGACGAAGGUUCAAUCUUAAGAGACAUUUAAACAGACAUGUGAAAAUCCACACAGGGCAGAAACCCUUUUCUUGUGAUCUGUGUGAAAAAAGAUUUAAUGAAAAGAGCAAUUUAAGAAAACACAUUAAAAUCCACACAGGACAGAAGCCAUUUUGUUGUGAUCAGUGUAGUCAAACGUUUACAGAAAAAGGCAGUUUAAAGAGACACAUGACUAUCCACACAGGACUGAAGCCAUUUUGUUGUGAACUGUGUGAACGAAAGUUUAGCGACAAGGGAGAGUUAAACAGACACAUGAAAAUCCACACAGGACAGAAGCCGUUUUCUUGUGAUGUUUGUGAACAAAGGUUUACUGAAAAUGUCUGUUUAAAAAGACACAUGAAAAUUCACACAGGACUGAAGCCAUUUUGUUGUGAACUGUGUGAACGAAGGUUUAUUGUAAAGGGAGAUUUAAACAGACACAUGAAAAUCCACACUGGACAGAAGCCCUUUUCUUGUGAUCUGUGUGAAAAAAGGUUUACUGAAAAGAGUAAUUUAAAAAAACACAUGAAAAUCCACACGGGACAGAAGCCAUUUUGUUGUGAUCAGUGUAGCCAAAAGUUUACUGAAAAGGACAGUUUAAAGAGACACAUGAUGAUCCACACAGGACAGAAGCCAUUUUGUUGUGAUCAGUGUAGUCAAAAGUUUACAGAAAAGGGCAGUUUAAUGAAACAUAUGAUGAUCCACACAGGACAGAAGCCCUUUUCUUGUCAUCAGUGUGAACAAAAGUUUACCAACAAGGGCCAUUUAAAAAGACACAUGAGUGUCCACACAGGACAGAAGCCCUUUUCUUGUCAUUUGUGUGAACAAAGUUUUACUCAAAAAGGCCAUUUAAAUGCACACCUGAGAAUCCAUACAGGACAUAAGCCAUUUUGUUGUCAUCUGUGUAAUCAAAAGUUUACGCAAAAGGGCCAUUUAAAUGUACACCUUAGAAUCCACACAGGACAGAAGCCCUUUUCUUGUAAUCUGUGUGAACAAAAGUUUACUCAAAAGAGCCAUUUAAAUUCACACCUUAGAAUCCACACAGGACAGAAGCCAUUUUCUUGUGAUUUGUGUGACCAAAUGUUUACCAGUAAGGUCAGUUUAAACAAACACACGAGAAUCCACACUGGGGAAAAAAAUGUAAUUUGAAAGAACUCAUAGGCAAGAAUCCAUACACACACUUUUUUUUUCUUUUUUCAACUGCUCCCUUCUUCAGGGGUCACCACAGC